AUGAGAGAAAGAGAGAGAAAAAGGCAGAGAGACAAAGGGAAAAAUAUAAGGAUAUUUUACGUGUCACAUGACUCAAAGGACAUGAAGAUAUUCAGUUACAUCGCCAAAGAAGAGGACUGUAAUGUUUUUAAAUGCAGCGUCUUUAAGGCUUUGAAAAAGAAUCAAGCCGGCAUUAUCGUAAAAACAAUCGGCCAGGCUUUUGAAGUCUCUCACAUAGCCCACCAAGCCAAAAAACAAGAGCGACUGAAGGAAUUAAUGAAUAAAGAAAAUAAUAAUAACACGAAUAAUAAUAAUAAUUAUUAUAACAAUAAUUCUAAUAAUAACGAUAAUGAUAAUGAUGACGAAUACGACGAUGAUGCAGACGAUGACGUGAUGAAUGACGUUUGCGAUAGUAAUAAUAAGAAUAAUAAUAAUAAUAAUGAUAAGAAUAAUAAUAAUAAUAAUAAUAAUGGAAUCUGUAGUCAUAGUAACAAUAACAAUGGUGGUAGUAGUAGUAAUAAUAAUAAUAAUAAUAAUACAAAUAUCAAUAAUAUUAAUAAUAAUAGCUGCUGUAGUAGUAGUAGUAAUGGUAAUAAUAAUAAUAAUAAUAAUAAUAAUAAUAAUAAUAAUGGUGAUGAUAAUGAUAAAUCCAAGUUGCAUUUGGAUGUUGACGCUGGUUCACCAUCCGCUGAGAAGAAAGAGUGCGACCCUAGCAAAUACGAUCAUUCUAUCACAUGUCCAAACCAAGAUUUCAAGACGGAACAAGGUGUCGAACCUGCGGUAGCGGUUGGUGCAGUAAAUGAAGCGUCCACCAGUGCGUUGCAUCUGAAAGCGGCCAUGAAUCAAAAAUUAAAAAUUAAAUGCCAGGAGCUGACGUUUUUGAGGUCUCAAAAUAAAUUGCUUCAGAGGCAGCUGGAAGUCGAAAUUCAAGCGAGGGAGCAAGCUGAAGUUGUUUUUUUUUAA